UAUAAUUAUUCCUAUGAUUUUUUAAUGUAAAGGGAUUUACUAAUAAUUAGCCCAAAUACUGCAGGGCGGGGGUGGCAUUAUAUCUAAUUAAAUCCCAAAGUAAAAUUAGCAAUAUCUUGUGAACCUUCGAGUUUUUGAACCCAAAUUACGCCUGAAACCACUAGGUCAGGACACAUCACGCAUUCCGCCGCCAAAAAAAAAAAAAAAAAUCCUAGCACCCAUCAAACUCCAUUAAUAUAUGUCGAAGACAGCUAUAAUAUAUAUAGAUUCAAGGCUGCGGCUGUGCUAAUAACUCCAUAAUUCUUUAAAUAUCUACACUAUUCCUGCUAUUCAUAUACAUAAAAAUAAACUACAUCCAGAACAAGAGUUUUAUUUCUAUUCAGCAAAAGAUCAAUGGCCGUUCGAAGUACACAUUCCCCAAGCAAAAUCCCAACAAUCUACCAGUGCGACUCAAAGGGGCGCGAAAACCAGACGAUUGCAGCUGACAUGCAUGGAACUUUGCUCAUCGAUCGCAGCCUUUUCCCUUAUUUCGCGCUAAUAGCAUUUGAUGUUGGUGGGAUAUUAAGGCUGCUGCUGUUGCUGUUGACUGCUCCAUUGGCCUGGUUUCUGCACCACUUCGUCUCGGAAUCUGCCGGCAUUCGGGUGCUAGUAUUUGCUAGUUUUGCUGGGGUGAAGGUCUCUGAGAUUGAGUCGGCAGCAAACGCUGUCUUGCCGAAGCAUUACUCUGAAGACCUGCACCCGGAGACGUGGCGGGUGUUGUCGUCGUGUGGGAGAAAAUGUGUGCUGACAGAAAGUCCUAGGAUCAUGGUUGAGCCCUUCUUGAAGAACUAUUUAGGCGUUGAUUUGGUGUUGGGUACAGAGAUUUCGUCGUGGUGGGGCGUUGCCACUGGAUUUAUGGCUCGUGGUGGGGUGCUUGUUGGUGAGCAGAAGGCUAUGGCUCUUAGGAAGGCGUUUGAGUCUUCGUUAGCGCCAGAGAUCGGUAUUGGUGAUUCUGAAGCUGAUUUUGCCUUCAUGAAUCUUUGCAAGGAAAAGUACAUAGUUCCAUCAGAGCAACGCGUCCGCCCCGUGAAACAGGUUGAGUUGCCAAAGCCCGUGAUCUUCCACGACGGUCGACUUGUCCAAAAACCGUCUCCAUUGAUAGCACUCCUGAUCAUUGUCUGGUUCCCAAUCGGCGUUCUAUUAUCUGUGUCGCGUGUUCUCAUCGGUUCAAACAGUCCAAUAUCACUAUUUUACUAUAUCAUUCAACUCACAGGGUGCAAAAUUCUAGUUAAGGGCACCCCACCUCCUAACGCCAAGAAUUCUCGACGGACAGGAGUUGCAUUUAUUUGCUCCCAUAAAACUGUUAUGGAUCCUCUUUUUGUCUCUGCAGUUCUUGGCCGUAAUACAACCUGCAUCAGCUACUCGGUGUCAAGGUUAACUGAGUUCUUGUCUCCCAUAAGAAACUGUAGGCUGACCCGAGAGAGGUCCAAGGAUGCUAAAAUAAUCAAAGACAUUCUUGAAGAAGGUUGGGAUUUGGUUAUGUGCCCUGAAGGCACAACCUGUCGGGAGCCUUAUUUGCUUAGGUUUUCGUCGUUGUUCGCUGAGCUGACAGACGAGAUUGUGCCGGUGGCCAUCAACAUAAGAACAAGUAUGUUUCAUGGGUCGACGGCACGAGGGCGAAAAUGGCUAGACAUAUUCUUCUUCUUCAUGAACCCUUUGCCAGUCUACGAGAUUACGUUUCUUGACAAGUUAUCGCCUGAUCAAACUUGUAGUGCUGGAAAAUCUAGCUUCGACGUCGCGAAUAAUGUCCAAGAAAUGAUUGGGACAGUAUUGAAAUUUAAAUGUACAAAAUUCACCAGGAAGGAUAAGUACCGGAUGUUGGCCGGGACGGAUGGUCUUGUAGGGGGAAAACCUGGGGCAGUGGCGGCAGACAAAUUAAGUUAAGGAUGAUCAAAAUUGCGGGGAUUGAGAACAACUUAUUAUGUCGAACUACUUACUAUUUUCUAAACAUUUGUCUUUUAAUAAAAAUAAAUAUAUGAUUACAUCAUAUAAAAACAUGUUUGUAAAAAAUGUUAUCUCCCUCCAUUGGUGGUGGCGUUAGUGUA